AUGUCAGCUCCGGGACCCUAUCAGGCGGCUGCUGGGCCUUCCUCAAUGCCAAGUGCACCCCCAUCCUAUGAAGAGACGGUCAACAGUUACUACCCGACACCUCCAGCGCCCGUGCCUGGGCCAACCACAGGGCUCGUGACAGGCCCCGACGGGAAAGGAAUGAACCCUCCCGCGUACUAUACACAGCCGGUGCCCGUCCCCAACGCCAGUGCCAUUGCCGUGCAGACCGUGUAUGUCCAGCAGCCUGUCUCGUUUUUCGACCGCCCGGUCCAGAUGUGCUGCCCCUCCUGCAACAAGAUGAUCGUGACACGGCUGUCCUAUAACGCCGGCGCCCUCACCUGGCUCUCCUGUGGGAGCCUGUGUCUGCUGGGGUGCGUGGCGGGCUGCUGCUUCAUCCCCUUCUGCGUGGACGCCCUGCAGGAUGUGGACCACUACUGCCCAAACUGUAAAGCCCUCCUGGGCACCUACAAGCGUUUGUAG